GCAAGGGAGCAAUUACGUCUGCCUUGGUUUUCUAUCGUAAUAACGAUGCCAGCAUCUUCAGUGCAGCUCAAGAUCGUAUUGGACAGUUUGCGGGAGAUGCCAUGCUCGGAGGAUGUCUGUCGCGCUUGCGGAAACAUCAGGAUAGAAAGAAGGCCGCGCGCGGCAGAAAUGCUCAGGAGAAGGCUGCAGCUCGCAGACGUGCUGCACAGGUGUCGCGUGCACAAGAAUGGAACUCUUGCUUGGACAGACGAAGAUCACAAGCGCAAUUCACGGACUUGGAGGAAGAAGAUCAUCGACAGAGAAUGGCGACUGCCCAAAUUUCACUGACGAGGAAAUUUCCGGUGGCGUUCUCGUCGGUGCCGGACUCUUGGCAAAGCCCCUUGGCAGCAGCUUUCAGCCGCUUCGCGAAGUACUACGCCUGGACGAUGUGCUCGCAGUGUGAGCGGUUGCAGCCCGUCAAGUUUCGACCUGCCAUGGCUCGUUCCAGGUGCAAGGCCAGUGCCAUGAUCCGGGCAUGCAGAUACUGCCAGAAAGGCAUUGGAUACUGGGCCCCGACACCUGCAGAAAUUCCUAAGCCGCUGCGAAAGUUAUCGCAACCCGUUGUGCAGGCACUGCGCCUCUUUCAGGUCAACAUCGGUAGGCCGGAACGAGCGUUCCAAGGCUACCACGUGCACACAGCAGCCACGCGCUUUAGUUGGGAAGAAAGCACUGUGGAAGAGCGCCUUGCAGCUUUGCAAGAACCGGACUGGAGACGAGGCCGAAAGGCUUACGAGUACUUGAUCAGUUGCGCGGACAGCUCCUAUUCGGAGUUCUUGAAAGCACACACGAGCUUUCUGCGCCGCAGGAAGCGCGAUAUCGCUGCAGGAGACGUGGAUCCGUACAGACCCAUCCCGUUCCUGCCAAUGAACUUCAUGGAGACGAUUGGCCUCGAAUGUGCAGUGUGGCCGCAUCUCUAUUGGACCACCAACAUGUGUGAAACUUUCAUCCGGAGUCAAGACAUUCGACGGCAAAACCGCAGGCCGAACGCAGUCGCAGCAAACAUGAGCGAGAGUUCGGAUUCGGACAGGUCGGAAGAUCCCGAGAUCGGGGAGCCGACGGGUGGGCAACAGAAACAGCGCCACAGCGCCAAGGGAAGCUUUUUGGCGAAAGUGUUCUCGUCCGUGAUCGGCUACGGCGCUGAUCGCGAGCUGAGCCAGUUCGUGUACGAUCUGUGGCUCUGGAGCUCGCUCGGUGCGGCAAAGCACGUCCAAGGCACGACGCUGCGGGGAGCGCUGGCGAGCAAGACGUUUUCCCCUGCAUACUGGCAAACGCUACAUCAAGGGCUGGUCGACUGCGUGCAGCAAAUCGGCUUUCCGCAUCUGUUCAUUACGAUCGCGCCUUACGAACCCUCGGCACCGUACCAUGCUUGGAUCGAGGACGAGCUGUCCAAAAUGCUCCGCACACGCACCAACUUGCCGGCCGCCGAAACCUUCCACCUCGCCCAUCUUCUCCUACAGGUCGCUGAAGGUCUCAUCUCGGGUACCAACCGGCAAGCAGCAGCGAAGAGACGCAGGUGGACCGAGCACGUUCUGGCGGCAGAAGAUCCAGAUCGCAAGACCGUGAAGGAGAUUUUCGGCAGGCUGGAGUUUCAGGAUGGCAAGCGGAAACGUCAUGUCGGACCAGCUCAGAGCUAUCACGGAUCGGGCCGCACUCAUCUGCACUUGCUGGUGUGGCUCGACAACCCCGAGGCCAUUCCUUGGCAACGAAUUCUGCGAGCAGACCUGCCGCGUGAAGAGCCCGAGCUUCGUGGCUGGACUGGGACGACAGCUGCAAACGUCCGAGCUUGGAUGCCGGACGUCCUGGGGGCGAUGUGCUGCCACAUGGACGUCCAGACUGGCGAUGGCCGUGAGCUUCUGCUUCAGUAUGCGGCAAGUUACAGUGCGAAGUUUUCAGACCAAUUCGCCACAAGUUGGCUGAAUGAAGAAGCCACGGAUUAUCAUCUGGCACGGCGCAUCCUCUCCGAGUACCAUCCCCUGGAGCCCGAGAUGUGGUUGCAACUGGCUGGUCAGACCUUCCGGCAGGUGGUCAUGACGGGGAUCGUGAAGCGGGUAAGCAUCAAGAUUCCAUGGAAAGAGUGGCCAGACCGUCAAUUGGAGGCUUACAUGAAAUGCACCUGGCGCCGCGAAGACCACAGCUUCCUGCAGUACUUGCGCCUCAGCAACAAGAACGGAAGCAAGCGCAAGAACAAACGCAGGGUGCUGGUGGCGGCUUUGACGAGAAGCCGGAUGACCGACGAGUUCUAUGGACAGUGGCUCGUCCUGAACAUUCCUUUCCGCCAGGUGGACGAGCUGUGGGACGAACGUGUGGAACGAGUGCCCGAAGGCUACCGCAUGCUGGCCCUUUGCUUGUUAAAGAAGCCAGGCCUAUGGGAGCGGCCGUUGCAAGUGCGUGAACAGCUCAAACUGGCCGGCUAUCGGGAAGCGCCCAUGAACAACAUCCUCCAAAUGCUGGUGGCCCACACGACCAUCAUCAAGGCUUACCUGUUGGGAUCCUUGAGGCUGGAAGAUGAUCCGCAUCCGGCAGCCGAGCAUGUGGCGGCACCAGAGCUGGGCUUUCGUGGCCAGCUCGAGCCCGAACAAGCUGCGGCGCUCGCGAACAUCAAGAAUAUGGUCAUGUGGGCACUUCGCCGGCGGUAUCCCGACGAAGCCACUGCAGAAGCUCUGCAAGAGUACCUUGGAAGACCAGAAAGCCAGCGGCCUCGCAACGCCAAGCCGCUGUGCGUGCUGGGGCCUGCAGGCAGUGGAAAAUCUACUUGCGUACAAGUCGCCAUUCAACGGGCCGUGGAGGCAGGUGCUCACGUGGGUAUCGCUUGCCCGACAGGAAUGCUGGCCAGCAGCUAUCGCGAGAAAUUUCCAGAUCUUGAUGUUGACACCUUGCACGGCAUGUUCCUCCUCCACAAGGAGCAGCACCACACGUGGGAAUGCAUGGCCAACUACGAUAUGGUGGUGAUUGAUGAAGUCGGCCAACUGUCGCAGAAAACUUUCGAGCGGAUCCUUUGGCUGUGGGACAACGCCGACCGAAGGCCAGCCCUGAUCUUCGUUGGCGACUUCCAUCAGCUGCGGGGAAUGGACGGCACACGAGCAACGGACAGCCCACGCUGGCAACAUGUGGUGAAGCGCCAUCUGCGAACCAUGAGGCGCUGCAAGUGUGCAGAGCUGAAGUGGAAACUCGAGCUCCUCCGCACGGCCAAGCCUUCCCGAGAGCAGCUGCACCGCAUAAUUCGAGGGCAUCGGGCAAUGCCCGACAGAGGGCCCGGACUUAGCCCGGAACCUACCAACCUCGACAUGGAAGGGAUGCUGGGGGAAUGGCCAGAUGCUACUUUCGUGACAGUGACGCGUCGGGCGGCAUCGGUUCUCAACGACUUAGCCGUGGAAGCUCUGUUCAAGGACGAACGACCCUGUGCUGUAGUACCUGCCGAUUACGAGAGCAACUUGGAGAACUACGACCAGUAUGGACAACUUGUCGACUGCCAGCCCGUGCAUCUACCGAUCUACCUUGGCAUGCACGUCACCUUGACCAGAAAUGUCAACAAAGGCAUCGGGUUUGUGAAUGGCAUGACAGCAACUGUGGUUGCCGUUCGAGGCACGACAGUCGUCGUGCGCACGAAAGCUGGUCGAAUCCUGACAGUCUUCCCCAUCACCGACACGGAAGUGAUGAUCGGCGGAGCACAGUGCCGGAGCACCUGCUUGCCACUGCGUCUUGGAUAUGCCACCACUCUCGUGAAAGUACAAGGGGCGACACUCUCGCGCGUGAUCCUCUGGCUGGACAAGGCAAACGUCGAGGCUGCUGGUUACGUCGCUCUGUCACGUGUACAAAGAGAUGAGGAUUGGAAGUUCAUAGGGCAUGUGACGCCUCAUCAUUUUACGCCUGCGGCUGGGGUGUAG